CAUACUUUAUUCUACUUUUACUGAUUGCAUUUGCAUCUAGACAGUGCCACACGUCCGACGGCUUCAACCGAUUGGUGUGUCCUUUUUAUCCUCCGCACUUUCCCCUCGAGCUCACCAGUAGCUUUCCCCUUCGCUCUGGCUCGGGAGGCAAACUGGGCAAGCAGGGAGUUCUGGGACCAUGGGGCAGACGCAUCUUUUGUUGGUGACCUGCCUUUGGGUUCUGUCCUGUGUCUUGCUGCUUCAUGCUUCCUCUGAUGGACAGCUAAGAAUCAACCUGAAUAAGAAGAGAUUGGACAAGAAGACUUUGACUACUGCAAAAUUGACUAGGCAGGAGAGCCACCUUCUACGGUUAGAUGGUUCUCGCCAGUAUCUCAGCGCCUCAAAUGAUGACACAGUUCCUUUGGACAACUACCUGGAUACUCAAUACUUUGGAGAGGUUGGCAUAGGCACACCACCACAGAACUUCACGGUGAUAUUUGACACUGGAAGCUCCAACUUGUGGGUUCCCUCGUCAAAAUGCUACUUUUCGAUAGCAUGCUACUUACACCACAGAUACAAGUCAGCCAAGUCGAGAACUUACAAAGAGAACGGAGAAACUUGCACGAUCACAUAUGGUUCUGGGCAAAUCGCUGGCUUCUUCAGUGAGGACAACGUGUUGGUCGGCAACCUUGUUGUAAAAAAUCAGAAGUUCAUUGAGACAACUCGCGAAACGAGCCCUACUUUUAUCAUUGGGAAAUUUGAUGGAAUUAUUGGCCUUGGAUUUCCUGAAAUUUCUGUGGGAGCAGCCCCUCCAAUCUGGCAGAGCAUGAAAGAGCAGAAACUGAUCGCGAAGGAUGUCUUCUCAUUCUGGCUUAACCGUGAUCCUGAUGCAUCUGCUGGAGGUGAACUUGUCUUCGGUGGUGUUGACCGAAAGCACUACAAGGGGAGCCAUACAUAUGUUCCCAUUACUCGCAAAGGCUACUGGCAGUUUGACAUGGGAGAUCUUCUUAUCGGUGGCCACUCAAGCGGUUUCUGUGCUGGUGGCUGUGCUGCUAUUGUGGACUCAGGGACUUCAUUGCUUGCCGGCCCAACAACUAUAGUGGCACAAGUCAAUCAUGCAAUUGGGGCUGAGGGAAUCAUCAGUGCAGAAUGCAAACAAGUAGUGCAAGAGUAUGGAGAGAUGAUCCUUCAGUUGCUUAUAGCGCAGACAAGCCCGCAAAAAGUGUGCACUCAGAUCGGUCUCUGUGUAUUCGAUGGUACCCAUUCUGUCAGCAACCCAAUUGAAUCUGUUGCGGAGAAACAAAACGGCGGUUCUGAUCUUUUCUGUACUGCUUGUGAGAUGGCUGUGAUCUGGAUACAGAAUCAACUCAGAGAAAAUAAAACAAAAGAGCUCAUUCUGAACUAUGCUAAUCAGCUCUGUGAGCGCCUACCUAGCCCCAAUGGUGAAUCAACUGUGGAUUGCCAUCAUAUCUCGAAGAUGCCAAAUCUUGCGUUCACCAUAGCAAACAAGACUUUCACCUUAACACCAGAGCAGUACAUAGUGAAGCUGGAGCAAGCAGGCCAGACCAUCUGCAUCAGCGGGUUCAUGGCAUACGAUAUCCCACCCCCUCGUGGCCCACUCUGGAUACUUGGAGACGUUUUCAUGGGUGCCUACCACACCGUUUUCGACUUCGGUGAGAACAGGAUUGGGUUUGCCAAAUCUGCGUGAGGACUAUACUAGAAUCCUCAUUGUGGCGACAUCUACAGUUUGUCACAGCAGUAUUGUACAUAUGUAUUGCAAACAGGUAUAAGUUGCGAUGGCUAGUAUACACGCAGAAACUAUGUAUUUGCUAUGGAGAUAUGGGACACGCAGAAACAAUGUAUUGAGCAAGGGAGCACGAUAAGAAUCAGGACUUUUUACCUGAUCUCAUCUUGUUGAAGGUUUCUAUUAGCACGUGGGCUUCCUGUGCAAGGAUUAAUCAUUCACGACUUCAUCAAGAAUAUUUCGUUGUGAUA